UAAUAUCUGUUGAUAAAACAGAGUAGUUUAGCAUGCUUACAAAAGGUUGGUGACAAAAGGUUAGGAUUGUCAAACAUCAAUGAAUAGCACAGACUUUACGAAACCGCGUAUUAUUAUUAAUUAAAUAUAAGUCUACUAAUGGCGGUUUUGCAUCGCGCUCUUUUUACCUGGUUCAAUCUGCUCAUAUUUUUGAUCCUGCUGGUCCUGAGACUUGAUCAGAGAAUACAAUGGAAUUGGUUCAUAGUUUUCAUCCCAAUGUGGCUCUACGACAACAUUCUCCUUAUUUACAUUGUGUUCAAUAUGAUCUCGCAUUGCAAGAACGGCCGUGUCAAUAGUUUGCAGAGGGAAGCAUGGUACAUGAUAGCUGUGAUUUUGAAGAUGUGUGCUCAGAUUUUAAUUUGUCUAAAACUGGAAGCUCCUCACUGGUCUCUACCAGCCAAAGCAGUGCUAGCACCAUUCUGGUUGCUUCUUCCAGUAUUAGCAGUAGAUGUUUUCAUCCAUUUAAUACAUCAGUCUAGGUAUUGACGAUGGAGUUUCAACUUGUUUCAAGUUAUUUAAAAAUAUGUGACAAUGUGGCUUUUUAUACUUUUUUAUUCAUCAUUCAUGUUACAAAAAUCUGAAGCUGAAGUAACUGACUUAGUAACAGUGAAAGAAGUGAUAGCUGGACACUUGGCUGAACUUCCAUGUUUAAGUAUUGAUGAACAUCAUCGUUUUAUGUUCUGGCAAUUUGGAACUAACAAUGUCAUCGGUCCGGGAAAUCCUAUAAAUGAAAAGAAAUAUAAUUACGAAGUGUUGACUGGUACACUUCAAAUUAGAGGUGUGUCGUCGGCAGAAUCUGGAUUUUAUAAAUGUUUUUCAAAGGGUCUAUUUGAUGAUUCUCAAUUGAAAGUUCAUUCUGUUGAAUUGAUAGUUACGAACGAUUGGGAGCAACUUUGGGAGAAUGAUUUUGAGACGAACCUGUUGCGGGGAAUGACUGCUGUUACGGUAUUGGUUGUUGCUGUAGCUGUCAUUCUUCUAAUUAUUAUUGUUAAAAGAAGAAGAAGUCACAGAUUCUUCGAUCUGGAAGAAUCAAGAGAAAAUUCUCCAGAGCGAUAUACACCAAAUAAUAGACCGGGAGUUUCAUCAGACAUCGAAAACGUUGGAAUGGAUAAUGCUGUUUUUGACAUUGAUUUCCCUAAAGUAUUUAAACAAAUGCAAAAAGAACAAGCGAUGCCAUAAAUUAUACUUGUAUACAUAUACAUAUUGUAGAUAGAUAAUUGUUAUUUUAGUAUCUUUUUUAUCCUCUUAAAUGUAAUAUUUUU